AUGAUGUAACGCUCUUUAUCUCCUAUAUAUCAGAAUGAUGAGGACUAUUUAAAACCUAAAAUCCCUCAAAUUACUUAAAAAAUGCCAUAGUUUUGUUAGUAUUAUAAGGAGAAUAUAUAAUACCCAUCCUUAAUAUAAACUGUAAGAAAAAAAUAAAUAUUUGAUUCAAGAAAUGUUAACUAUUAAAAUAUUUCCCCAAUAAGAACAAAUUAAAUUCAAUUUAGAGUUUCAUAACCCAAAAGUCCAAUAAUUAGAUAGACAGUUGAAAUUCCUUUAUAAUCGAAAUCUCAAACAUCAUUUUUACAUCAAAUACCAACUUCAUUAACACCUCCAAAAAAGUAAAAUUCUAAAAUACUUACAUCACAAACAAUUAUUCCUUAAAAUUAAAAUUCUUAACUAAUUGUUAAGACUCCAUUAAAUGAAUAAAUUAAAUCACAAAUUAACAAUUAUUAAAUGCAAACAUAAAAUUAUUAAGAUAAAGGAUAAUAAUAAUAAUAAUAAUAAUCAUAAUAAAUGAAGAUAGAAUAAAGUUAAAAAGACAUGUAUUCAUGCUUAUAAGAAGAAUUACAAAAAUCAGAAAUGAAAUUAAAAUAAUUAACUGAAAGAAGCCAAUAAAUGGAAGAAAAAAGGAUUCAACUUAGAAAUACUUUUAGGAAUAAUUCGAAAUUAUAAUAGAAGAAUCAUUGA